CACGAAGGCAUUCUCUUCUGCUUCCGAUCAUCCCUCUGUCCUUGACGAGCCAACCUCUAGAGGACGCUGGUCCUUUACUUCAUACGUCGGCGGGAUUUAAUCAGGAUUUCUGUGGCCUGCCUGGAAGCAGACUUCGUCCCUUCUUUGACUACCUGUACCUACUUAGGUGUCGUUUAUACUGCACUGUUCGUCGUUUGGCAGAUAAUGUUCUAAAUUUCCUGCCUUGCUUCAAGUCUUAAGCUCCUUUGAGGUCAGCCGGUCACUGCAGGAGUCGAGAGACGAUUCUUGUAACAUCUUUGCUUGCCAACGUCACAUUCUGCGCUCGUCGCUAUUUACCACUACCAAUAACCCGUUCGAAACCACCGACCCUCGAUAAUGCUCAACAUGUCUGGAAACCACGUCAUCGGAAACAGAAACAGCACGCCCGAGGCCAACAGCACCUCGACCUUGCGGCCACCGUCUUCUCGAGCCGUUGGUUCUGGUCACUCACUUCGCGCCUCGGCCGACAUGGCGUCCCUAACUGGCCCUUCCCCCUCCAGCCGCAUUCGACCUUCCUCCGAUUUCUAUGGGCAGGCUCAGCAGAACCUUGGCCCCAACAACGCCGAAUCGGACUCUCAGGACAAGAUUGCCCAGCAGUGGAUUGCCGACAUUGAUCAGUACGAAACGACGCUGGAAGAGAUGGCUGCUGCUACUCUGGACCAGGACUUCAAGGACGAGCUCAGUGCCAUCGAGCAAUGGUUCCGUGUCUUGAGCGAGGCUGAACGCACCGCCGCUUUGUAUGCCCUCUUGCAGCAGACAACUCAGGUUCAGAUUCGCUUUUUCAUCCAGGUGCUCCAGCAAAUGGGAAAGAAUCAUCCCAUGUCAGGGGUUUUAUCCCCUGCCAGCUUCGACAAAGACCCUAUGUCGAACCGUCUCAGUGAUGCAAUGAACAAGCUCAAUGUCGACUCUGCCCGUAAUUCCAUGGCCCGUAACUCGGUUAUCGCCCCAUCCAAUAAGCGACAUUCAGGACUCGACCCCUCUACCAUCAGCGCCAUGUUCCCCGAUGCUGCGGCAGCCAUUGCCACAGAGAAGGCCAAGUUCACUCAGCAGACUGGAAACCCGCCCUCCUCGAACCGCAACAGUGCCGCUUUGGAUCAUCGUUCGUCCAUGGUUGCUCCGUCUAUCAGUGCGCCCCAGGAUAGCCGUGAUGCUGGACCUGCUAGUUCUUCGCCUUGGAAUAGUGGCGGGAACGCAGACUCUGGUAAGGCACCCUCUGUUCAGGCCCCUAUGGGCCAGUUUGUGCAGCCGACACCGUCUGGUGGACUUCGCUCUCCGCGUCCGCAAUUGUCAAGCAACAAUACGAUCCAACAAACGACUCUGACUGCCCCGGAUAAGAAUCCUGGGGACUUGCCUUUGCUUUCACCGUACAAUGCUGGCAGCGGCAACUGGGCGUCAAUGGUCAACACUCCUAUGACCGGCACCUUCAACACAGCCAACACCGGAGGUAACCAGGCCGAUAUGGUUGCCAACGCCACUGCCAUGAAACUCGCAGCUUUGUCGACAGUCAACAACCGAUUCGCGUUGGACGACGUGCGCAAGUACCGCCGAACUAGGUCCAAUGACGGCACGCCAGGACAGAAUCCUGUCUCCGCUGGUCCACAGCCUGGAAUCAACCUCCCAAACACGAAUGUUGUCAUGAUCAAUGAGCAUGGUCAAGUCCUCAGUAGAGAACAGCUCAUGGCUCUUCAGGCGCAGCAAAACCUUGGUUUGGGUGGCCAGCGCUCUCGUCCCAGCUCUCCUGGAAUUGCCAUGCAACCUGGAGUGCCUCAUAUGGCACCAUUCACUUCACCGCAGAACAAUGGAUUCCUUAGUGCGUACGAUGUGUCCUCGCCAUUGAUUACUGGCGGUAUGCAACCGGUCAACUUGGGAGGCCUUGGGAUGCCUGGUCACGAGGGCUACUUAUCUGAUCAUUCGGACAUGGUUCGUGGACGAUCUCCUCGUGGGAGACGAGGCAGCUCCAAGCCUCCCGAGGACCCUACCGACCCAACCCUUCUGCAGGAUAUCCCCAGCUGGCUCCGCAGUCUUCGCCUUCACAAGUACACCGAUAAUCUCAAGGAUAUGAAGUGGACAGACCUUAUCGAGUUGGACGACAAAGCCCUGGAAGAGCGUGGUGUCAACGCGCUCGGUGCACGCCGAAAGAUGCUCAAGGUUUUUGAACAGGUUAAGGAAGCCAAGGCCGAUGGAAAACUGGGCUAGAAUCACCACAACCGGGCAUGCCCAUAUAUAGACCUGCGAAAAUGGACGUUAAGUGGUUCAACUUUGCACACAUCAUGUUGGACAUGGGUUACAGCCCUGUUACAAUUCUGUUACAGACUCGAUUUAGUAUUUUACACCAAGAUGGAAGGUUGCUGAGGAUCAAAAUUAAUAGUUCGAGUGCGCAAACUCAUGAGUUUCCACGAGAUCAUGUUGUUGAUAGUAACGUCUUGCCUUAUUUUGCAUAUCCAAGGUUUAUUCACCUCA